AUGCGCCCCGACGGCGCUGGGAUGGAUGGCGGACACGUGUACCCGCUGCCUCUGCCGCCGAUGAUGGCGCGUCCGCACGGGAACGUGGACGGGAACCACCAGCAGCAGCAGCAGCUGCCGUUGCCGGCCAACAUCUGGGCGGGCAACGACGCCAACACGCUGCUGGUGGUGGCGACGCUCCUCACCGCGCUCACGUACCAGCUCGGGAGCAGCGUCCCCGGCGGGUACUGGCAGGACACCCAGCCCGCGGAGGCCGGCGGCAAGCAGCCGCACGCCGCCGGCGACCCCGUCAUGCGCGACCUGCAGCCCCAGAGGUACUGGGUGUUCAUGGCGGCGAGUUGGAUGGGGUUCGCGGGGUCGAUGCUGAUGACGCUGAGCCUGCUGGUGCGGAUGCCCGUGGACUCGCGCCGCGUGCGGUGGUCGUUCGCGGCGGCCUACGCCAGCCUCGUGCUCACCUUCCGACUGUCGCAGCCCAAGACGCACAUCUCGCUGGACAUCCUCAUCUGGGUGGCCGUCACCGCCUUCCUCUGGCUCAUGGUCAGCGUCCGGGCGGAGCACCGGGCGCGCAUCGCCCGCCUCCUCUGCGGCGCCGGCGACAACUAACUCAUCCAAACUGGUCCCUCAGUGCUCGACUAGGUUGUAGGUUGCCGUGAUUUCGUUGUAGUUUCUCCUCCUCCUGACUUCUGAUUUGGGAGAACAUGAA